AUGCUAAGGGCUGUUGAGCCCGAAGGUGAUGAUUACUACGAUAAAGCGCAAGGAGAUACAGAUAGCGAUGAUUAUUAUGAAAAGAAGGAGUGGUCUGAUUCAAGUAAAAGAAAUGUACCAAAUAAAGCAAAACUACGUAAAUACGAAGAUGACGUAGAUUAUGAAGAGAGUGAUAGUGAAAAGGUUAAGCCUCAUUCAAUAGAUUAUGAGCACGAGAACGAGGCAAAAAAGACAGGUAUACUAGACAGUGUUGAUGAGCUAAAAGAGCGUCAUUCAAAAGAACAAAAAGUGAUAAAUGAAAAACUAAAAGAAGAAGAAAUGAAUAUUGAAGAACAGGAAAGAGAUAAGAUUAAAGCUAAUAUCUUUAGUGGAGAACAAGACAAAUACGAUGACAGACGCAAGGAAAAAAUUCACAAGCAUUUGUCGGAAUACGAUGAGUAUGAAGAUAAAGCUGAUUCUUCGGAAGAAAAACAUGUAGUGACUCGAGCAAGGCUAUCAUCAACGACGCAAUUACCAAUUAGAACAAAUAAACAGAGGUUAAGAAAAGAUAAACAAAUUGAAACUGGAAAGCUAUCAGUAUUUAAAAACCCUAAACUGUUUAUGAUUUAUGAUGAUGAUAUGGACGAAACUAGUCCAAUACCGUUGACAACGAAAUUAAUUCGUAAUUCCAAAAAUAAUCAAAAAGUAAAAUAUUCAGCAUUGUAUACGUCUACUCCUUCGAAUAUGGACGAGAAUGAAAGAAUAUCGUUAUUACCUGCAGACCUUGACGGAAAAGAAGGAGAACCUACAUUAUUCUUUCCAAAAAAGAGGAAAAAUAAGAAACGUAAUAAGGGUAAAACGACUUAUCGACCCACGGAUUCGACAGUUGCUGAGACAGGAGAUGUUGGACUCACGGCCACUGAACCAAUAACAGAUGCUGUAGCAGAUUCAACUGAUCACAAAACUGAAAAGAAGAGUGAAAAUUAUGACCGUGAAAAGGGUGGCAAGAAAGAAUACCAUUCAUCACAUGAGGAGGACAACAGCGAAGUCGGCAAGAAAGCGUAUGAGGGGUUCCAUGAAGAAACCAAGACAGCUAAAGGCCACCAUGAAAAGGAAGACCACCUCGGCAAAUAUGAUGACCACGGUGACUUGGAUAAACAUCAUGAAGAAGAAUCGGGCCAUUACGGGUCGCAUGCGCACGAAGAACAUGGCAAAAAACAUGCUAAGUACGAGGAAUCCGGAAAGCACUCUAAGGGCCAUAGCACCAAAGGUAGUCACGACAUCCAUAAGAAAGAAGAAUAUGAGAAGAAAGUCGAAUUCUUCGAAGAAGAAGGAGAUUCUGCAGAAGACGAAAAAACAGGAGGGUAUCAUCAAGAGAAAGGCCACUCGGAGGGCGGUCAAUACAAGAAGGCGAACUAUAAUGCGGGUGACGAGGAGCACUCCAAAGGAGAAUCCGGGUACACUGGCCACGGCGGGUUACUGCACGUGUCAAAGGGGCAUAAAGCAUCAGAAGGUCACGAUGACCACGGUAAGCAUGGCGAACGAAGUGUGGCCAAAGGUGGCCGGGGAGCGGGCAAGAAGUGGAUAUACCACCACGGGUAUCCCGCCAAGACUGCAAAUUUGGUCAGGAUAGACCGAAGAGCUGAAAAAUACUAUCAUGGCCCCCAAUAUUUUGGCUAA